AAAGAUAGCCCACGUGUCUUUCGGAAGCAUCACCAACCUCCUCGGCGAACUCUCCCUUUCCACCUGAAGUCCUGCAAUCCGACAAACAAAUCAAUAAAUCACAACAAAUCAAAACCGCUCUGCAACCAUGGCUGCUAACCACAGCUUUGCUUCGCUUUCCCUAUCGCCGCCGUCGCACUCUCCCUACGCGCUCACACAUUGUUCCAACCCGAUUUCCCGGAAACAAGUUUCUUUCUUUUUCAACUCCCGCUCUCGAAACGCCAGGCGCGGGCCCAGGCCCGUUUCGCUUCGUUCCCAAAUGCCCGAUUCCGAUUCCGUCAAGGCCGACCCGAAUGGGGCCGGAUUCGGAUCUGGGUCCGGAAGCCCCGCCUCGUUGAGUCAGGAUUGCAGCGCCGCCGGAGCUUCGUCUUCCCCUUCUAAUGCCAUUGAUUUUCUCACGCUUUGCCAUAGUCUAAAGACUACAAAACGGAAGGGAUGGAUAAAUCAUGGGAUCAGAGGCCCCGAAUCCAUCGCUGAUCACAUGUAUCGCAUGGCCCUGAUGGCCCUGAUUGCUGGUGAUCUUCCUGGAGUCAACAGGGAAAGGUGUAUUAAAAUAGCCAUUGUUCACGAUAUUGCAGAAGCAAUUGUUGGAGAUAUUACUCCAUCUGAUGGCGUGCCUAAAGAAGAAAAAAGCAGAAGAGAGAAAGCUGCACUGAAUGAAAUGUGCGAAAUUCUUGGUGGAGGAAUGAGAGCUGAAGAGAUCCAGGAACUUUGGGCAGAGUAUGAAAACAAUGCUUCCUUGGAGGCCAAUCUCGUAAAAGAUUUUGACAAGGUUGAAUUGAUUCUGCAGGCUCUGGAGUAUGAAGCGGAAUGUCUUCACAGAAUCCGGGAAAGUACUCGACGAAUUCUUCCUCUCGACUGCAGGAAAAAUCCAAACUGAACUCGGGAAAAGCUGGGCAGCGGAGAUCCAUUCCAGGAGAAAUGCGAUAUUGGCCAAAAGGCAGAACUGAUCCUUCGCUCCAUGCCUCCAUUGUUCAUUCAAGUUCAGAUCGGACCUCUACAAUUCUUUUCACCGUAGCCAUUGUAUGGACAAAACCUUCCUUUCUUUCGGGUGUUCACUCCCAUCUGAGCCACCCGAUUCUUCUCUUUAACCUUUGACAUGUUUGCUCGAGUAGAACAGUAAGAAAAUAUAACUGAAAAAUCUGAUCAAAGAAGAUAUAUCAAGUGGUUCUCGUCGUGCUAAUGCCUCCCAUGAUUAGCGACAUCCUAUAAUUGUAUACUUUCGUCUUGAAACACUAUUAGAAAAUUCAUGAUUUGCAACAACGGGAAGUUGCAAUCGAACGUAUGUAGAAAGACUUUGCUGUAUGUUUUACUUAACAUCAACUUAAAUAGAAUGGCAGGACCCUCAAGGUGCUUAGUGAAGUGUUCUGAUUACAUUUGUUCUUGCCAGCUUCUUGGUUGAUAAAAAAAAAAUGUUGACUUUAAAGGAUAUUUCAUUUCAUUGUUCUUUCUU